AUAUUCCAUGCCGUAUCCUAUUAGCAAAAAUGGCGGCUGGCGCUGAAGUUAGUAGGACCUUGAAAGAGGCACUUUAUGAAGCUUUGAACGCUAUUCUCUCGCAAUCUCAAGAAGUGAGGAACAGCGCCGAAGAGCAGUUAAAGAUAUUGGAGGUUACCGAUGAAUUCUGCGUUCACCUGGCAGAGCUCACUGUAGAUCCUCAUGGUCCUUUCGCAAUUCGCCAGUUGGCCUCAGUUCUCCUCAAACAGUAUGUGGACACACACUGGUCAAGACAUGCUGAAAAAUUCCGUCAACCAGAAGCGACAGAAGAGGCAAAAGCCACCAUACGUCAGCUGCUUCCAUUGGGCCUGAAAGAGUCUCUGAGCAAAGUGCGAUCGAGUGUGGCCUAUGCCAUCUCUGCCAUAGCCCACUGGGAUUGGCCAGAGGCAUGGCCGCAACUUUUCGACAUCCUCAUGCAGGCUCUCACUAGUGGCGACAGCAAUGCGGUGCACGGUGCUAUGAGGGUUCUUACAGAGUUCUCAAGAGACAUAUCAGAGAACCAGAUGUUUCAUGUAGCGCCGGUGGUGUUGCCAGAGAUGUACAAGAUAUUUGCCCAACCUGAGAAGUACAGCAUUCGUACCCGGGGACGUGCUGUCGAGAUAUUUUCUACUUGCGCACAAAGCAUAGCGACGAUGGGACUUGUGGAUAAGAAUGCAGCCAAAACUCUCCUCUACCCCAUCUUGCCUCAAUUUACGGAGGCCUUGGUGGGAGCUCUCAAAAUACCAGACGGACCAACGUCUGACAGCGGCAUCAAAAAAGAGAUUCUCAAGGCACUCACAGUUUUGGUGAAGAACGAGCCAAAGCAGAUGUCAACUUGGUUGCCGCACAUCCUGACGCCCGUCUGGGAUACACUCACAGAAAGUGCAAACAUAUACGUAAAAACAGUAGUUAAUGAUUCUGAAGAAGCAGACGACCCAGUAGACUCUGACGGUGAAGUUCUAGGCUUUGAGAAUGUAGUGUUCAUGAUCUUCGAUUUUGUGAGUGCUUUGGUAGAAACUCCUCGCUUCCGUGGGCUAGUGAAGAAAGGGCUGUCCGAGCUCAUCUACUACAUUGUCUUCUACAUGCAGAUCACAGAGGAGCAGGUGCGCACAUGGACAAGCAGUCCUGACCGGUUCGUGGAAGACGAAGAUGAUGACACCUUUUCAUACUCUGUGCGGAUCUCUGCUCAGGAUUUGCUUCUUAGCCUGUUCCAGGAGUACGAAGAUGAAAGUGCUCGUGGCCUAAGUGCAGCUGUUACUAAGCACCUUCAGGAGAGCAGCACUGCACGUACCAAUGGAGACCCCUACUGGUGGAAAAUCCAUGAGUCAUGCAUGCUGGCCCUGGGUGCUGUGUGUGAUAUCCUAGAGAAAGUGUCUAAGAAAGGACAGGUGCACUUUGACCUCCGUGGAUUCUUGGAAUCAGUGGUACUUGUGGACAUUAACACUUCAGGCUCACCGUUCCUGGUUGGAAGAUGCCUUUGGGUGUCCAGUAAAUUUCCUGAAUCUAUGACUCCUGAUAUGAUGCAGAGGUUUCUUCGGACGACUGCAGAUGCAUUGCAGCCGUCUCAGCCGCCAACUCUACGAGUGUCUGCUGUUCGAACAGUCUGGGGGUUCUGUGACUACCUGAGCAACAGCAACCAGUCUGGUCAGUUGGCUCCAUUCCUGGGCUCCUUCACGGAAGGUCUGCUCACUUUGGCAAUGCAGUUCUCUUCAGAUGUCCUGGCCUUGGUCAUGGAAGCCCUUUCCAUAGUUAUUGCUGUGGACAACGAGUUCACGCAUUCUGUGGAGAGCCGAAUCUCGCCUCUUGCAACAGCAAUUUUUCUCAAGUACAAUAGUGAUCCUGUAUUGGUAUCAAUCUGCCAGGACAUCUUCAAAGAAUUGUGCAGAAAUCCUCUGUGCUGUGGCUCUCUACAGCAGAGGCUUCUGCCUACUCUCAUUUCGAUCCUUCAGGCGUCCGUUGACAAGAUCCCUUCUGGGCUGCAAGGGGUGUCCCUAGACGUACUUGAAACAAUUGUAAGAAGCAGUUCGACUCCUCUCUCCGACGCUCUCAUCAACCAGGCUUUCCCAACUGCCCUUCACUGCAUUCUACACACAGACGACAACUCUACCCUGCAGUACGGAGGGGAAUGCAUUCGUGCCUAUGUGUCAGUGGCCUUUGACCAAAUUGCAGCAUGGAGGGAUGACCAGGGACAAAGUGGAGUGUACUACGUUGUCAAGGUAGCUCAGCACCUGUUGGACCCAAAGACUCCAGAGUCUGCAGCAACAUUUGUGGGACGUUUGGUGUCAGUGCUGCUGUCAAAGGCAGGGCCCUCUUUGGGGGAAUGGACGGAUGUUUUGCUGCGUGCUGUUCUGAGUAAACUGCAGCAAACAGCAAGCGUCACCGUAACACAGAGCCUCGUGCUGGUAUUUGCUCACCUCGUUCACACCCAAAUGAGUGCUGUGCUGGACUUCCUAUCUGGUGUCCCUGGCCCCACAGGUCAAUCGGCUCUUGCAUUUGUCCUAACGGAAUGGUGCUCCAGACAGACCUUAUUCUAUGGAAGCUAUGAAAACAAAGUCAGCAUUUUAGCUCUGUGCAAGCUUCUGGAACAUGGCAUUCAGAAUAAUGAUCCACGGCUAGCAGACAUUAGUGUCAAGGGCGACCGUAUCAUCAACCUCAACGAAGGCAUCAGGACGAGAGCAAAGACAGCUGCAAGUCCUGAGCAGUGGACAGAGAUUCCGUUGCUGGUAAAGAUGUACAAACUGAUGAUUCAUGAAUUGGGCCAGUGCCUAGAUGCGGCCAUCGUCCAACGAGAGGAUGAGUCCGACACUGAUGAUGACGAGUGGGAGGACAAUGGUGAAAUGGAUGAAGCAGGAUGUUCGCAAAUCAUGUCCCAAUUUGCCCCAGCUUCAGAUUAUACUGGAUACGACUACGAAGCGCAGGAUGGGGACGAGGACGAUCCAGAUGCCCUGGCGGACCCCAUCUCCAGCAUGAACAUGGAGUCGUGCUUGGUGCAGUUCCUGAGAAGUCUCACCCUGCAGCCCUGCUUUGCUACUUUCUCCCAGCAUCACACGUCGCAGGAGCUGCAAAUCCUCCAGACGGCGGGUGUGAUAUCGUGACGCAGCUGAAGUUGAGCGCAAUAAGAGUAAUGGGACGACGUGCCAAGUUUGCACUUUCUAUAGACAAAUAAUUGAAUGAAAAAUAGUUUCCGUAAACAGUGUUUGUACAAAUUUGUACAAAUGAGUGCAAGACAAAAGUACAGCGUAUUGUGUACAGGAAAUUUUAAACACUAUAUUGUAUUAUACCAACGGGACUAGACGCAAGCUCGUACUGAUUUUCUGCUGUGUGCUGCGUUAACAUGUUCCUAUUGAUGAGCGACUGUUGUGCAAAAUGCUGAAAGCCUGACUGUGUUUUGUAUCUACGAGUCAAUAAUGCUGCUACGUAUCCCACUUGAAAAGUGGACAAAAUCUUUGUAACAAACGGAGAUCGGUGACGGCUGCCACAAAGCGUCCCUAAAGCGCAGGAGCAGUGGAAGACCUGUGGCUUGAACUCUGAGGACAUAUGGAGGACUGGGGUUUGCGCUGAGUGGAUGCAAUAAAUGCUACCCCGUAAAGCAUAUUUUGACUUGGAGUUUAGCUUAGUCUUUAAUUUUAUUUGGUCUUUUUUUCAUUUUUUCUCCUCAUUUCUGUACAUGUGUCUGCUGUACAUAUAGGUAGGUACCUUUGAAGUGUGCAGGUACCAUAAUUGUGAAUGAAAACCAAUGUUUCUAAACCUCAUUUGAACAAGAAUUGUAGCAUUUUAAAUCACGGUCUAGCAUUUUAAUUGCAGUGAUAUGUUUAAGACAGACACCCGUGUGUGAUGUGCUGUAAAAUGUUAGAUACUGUGCAGUCACUUCACUAGGGUAUCAUCCUUGACUUGUGUUGUUGCUGCUGCUGCUGCUGCUGCUGCUAUGUACUUUUAAUAUGUUGGCAUGAUGCUAUCUUUGCACCUACAUACUUUCCUGCGCGCUGUUGUCAAAGUGCCACUGCGCUCUUAAUUGUAGCUCACUAUGUUGUUUGCAAAAGUGUAUCGACUGUGUUGCUCAUCCUCAGGGCAUCAAGCCAGCUGAGAAGUUUGAAACGCUUCCAUACUCGAGUUAAACAAAAUGUCAUUGAAACACAACACUGAAAGCAGAACCUAAACUACUAUGACUGGUGCAUGAUGUUAUGAUGCAGACUAAUUUCUGAAUUGACCUAUUCAUAAGAUUAAGGGGGAGGGGGCGGCAGAUAGUCUCGGAAUAAAUGUAACAUUAUUGGGGUGGGGGGGUGGAAAUAGUCCUGUCACAACUCUGCAGAGUAUCUGAUUCCAUGCUCUGCAGCUAUCUUGUUAUGUGCUUGCAAGCUAUAGAUUUUAACUGUGAUCAACAUAUAUUGUGUCAUUCCGUGUGGUGGGUUGGCACAGUCGCGUUGAAACAGGAGUACAAUACCACCUCUCCCGCAUUUCUGCUGAAUUGUGGAUCGGAUACAUAGGGUGUACGAAACAAAACAAAAAAGAAGUAAAGAAAUCUGUAGUUCAGUUAGUAUCACAUGUUUCCGGCUUUGAAAUUUUUACUUGCUUUUGUUGCAAAUACCUCGUAACUGACUUGCCUGGCGCCAUCUGGUGCUCUUGAAAUGAGCCGUGUGUGAAAAUAUACUUUGUAAUGAAACUGCAGAAACAAAACUCAUGCAAGAUGAA